GAUCAGACAACAUAGGAGGAUGUGCGCCAGUUAACUCCGUGUCAGAGUUUAUUCGUAGAGUAUAAUGUUUUUGUUCGGAGUCGUUUGAUUUGUUUAUUCGUAAUUGUACUUAUUUUUUCAAUAUCUUUACACAUAUUUACAAAGCGCCUCCUCAAACCGAUGUCCCAGCGGGGGUCGGAGGAGCCGCGGGGCUACGAGGUGCACCUCACCGUGUUCCACGGCUCCUCGCCCGCCGACGUGUCCCACGCCUGCCAGCUGUGGGGCUCCGUGGCGCUCCUCCCGCCGCUCGAGUCGCGCCUCAUCUCCGCAGACAUCAGCCAGCGGCUCCCGGUGGCCCGGAGCUGCGGGAGCAAAACCUCCGCCGGUGCCGGUUCGACCGGUCCCGGGUCGCAGAUGAGAGGAGGAGGAGGGCGGGGGGAGGACGAGGAGGAGGUGGAGGAGCGGAGGAGAAGGUCCGAGGCCAUGGCCGUGCGGAAAGAGGAGAUCCUGGGACUGCUGUGGAGCCAGAGGGAGCGGAGGCUGAGGAGAGAGGAGGUGGGGAGGCCCGGGCUCAGGAACCAGGAGGCCCUGACCCCUCCCGGGACCCGCGGGGCGGCGGCGGACAGAGAGGCGGUUCAGCUCCUCGAGUGACCGCUCCAGACACACACAAACACACACUGCACAGCUUGGGUUCAUUGCAUCGUAUUUGUUCGGCCUAAUGUAGCCUGUGUUUACUGUCAGGGUCGGCCUGCAUUCAGACCCUUCAGACUUUAUAAUACAGAAGCCUGUAUUUACAGCUCUGUAUCGUUCAGGUUAUCAGCGGCUGUAUGGAAAUGAUGAGCACUGUCUUUAACAAGCCUUUAGAGCACCGUCCCUAACAAGCUAUGCUUGUCAGCCGGAGCUAAUAAACAACUAAUCUUCAACAUGA